CAGCACCACUGAACGAUGACACUGUGUUCCGACACAAGUAAUUUCAGAAUAGGCAUGAUCAGGUGAAAUGCAUCGGAAUGAGCUCUGUGGGAAGCUCGGAAACAAGCCCUACAAUGGAAAAGCACUUUCAGAGCGCUGUUCGGGAACCGCGUUUCGUGCAAACGGACGAUGGAGGAAGCAUACUUGCCCUAGCAUUACAUUGCUUGAUGGUGGAGCAUGGGUUUCGUGUUGAGGCCGAUAAGACUUUUGCUGGGGGGACAUCAGUCUACAGCCCUGCUUCAGACUGGCAUGGCAAGUUCACCAAUGAGUGGGUCUUCGAAUACAGAAGGCCGGGGUAUGCCAGCACAUUCGCACUGCAUUGCUCGCUGCAGCCUGCUUCGGGGAAGAUGUUUGUGCACGCGCGAGAGGCAGACAGCCCAACUAACAUGCGCUACAUGGGGCUGCUGGUAGAUAAAUAUGUGCCCGAUACAGGCAAGGCAAAGGGCAGCAGCUGGGCAGGUGUUGUGGUGGAGCAGGAGGCUCUGAGGCAUCAGCUGGAGGAGUAUGUGGCUGGGCCCCUUCUGGCCAACGCCCUGCCCUCAUCCGAGCCCGAGCAUACACCCCAGGAUGCGUCCAGAGGGGUGCAAUCACAGCUGUCUGCUUAUUACAACAGCCUCACGCGCAGGGACAUCCUUCUGGCAGGCACAGCCCUUGCUGCGGCCUCCAUCGGCCUCGCUCUAUUUGCCAGAAGCCGCCAGCGCCUGUGAAUGCGCCAUACUUCUGCCGCGGUCAAACAUCAACUGUCGCAUUCAAAUUUGAAUUGAGCGCAGUC